AUGAGAGCCCUACCUCAAGAAAUCCAAUUUGCGAAAUUUUUACUCGAUGUUGGAGAUGGAAAAUUAAAUGAUUCUGAUGAUGUAUUAAAUAUUGAUCAUUUUCCUCCUAAUUGUAUUAUUCCAUCUGAAGUAGACAUAGUAGAUGAUAUUUAUGGCAAUAUUUUUGCUAAGAAGGAGUAUCGAAAAUCUAUUAAUUAUGCAAUUUUAUCUGCAAGAAAUGCUGAUGUCAAGGAAAUCAAUGAAAGAGUUGUGAAUUUACUUGACAAGACAACAGAAAAAGUUUAUACAAGUAUAGAUAGCACUGAAAAUUGUGAUAAUGCUGGAUUUGAUAAUGCAUUAUUAUCAAUAGAAUAUUUAAAUAUAUGGUCUCCUCCGUCGCUUCCACCUUAUGAAUUAAAAUUAAGAUUAAACUGUGUUGUUAUACUCAUACGGAAUCUAAAUGCGAUAAAAAAAGGAGAAAUCAUAUUUAUAAAUCGUAUCACCUUGUACUCGUCAGAAACUGAUUAUCCUUUUAUAUUUAAGAGAAGACAAUUCUCAAUCAAAGUUGCUUUUGCAAUGACAAUUAACAAAGCUCAAGGUCAAACCUUUGAAAAAAUUGGAAUAGAUUUGCGAAGAGCAGUUUUUAACCAUGGGCAAUUAUAUGUUGCUUUAUCUAGAGUAAGAGGUUGGAAUUCCAUAAGAAUUUACUUAGAUGAUUCUGAGAAAAAAGAUAUUUAUGCUACAAGAAAAACACCCAACCUAAUUAAACGAUACGAAAUUCGUACUUGA